UACUCCAUCUUGUCAUCUAUCCCCUCCCCCAUCGAACUCCAAGGCAGAAGGGGGGGAAAGACAAUCCGCCGCCAUCCUCCUCCCGGCAGCCUUUCCCCAUCCCGAAAACCCGCUCAUCGGAACCCCCUCACCCGGCGCGUCGAGCCCAGUCCUUACUCAAUGAGCUUCCCCCGCAAUGUCAGAGCGGCCGGGGCAGACUGCAAAAGGGAAGGAUGGCAAGAAGUACUCGUCCCUCAACCUGUUUGAUACAUACAAGGGCAAGUCCUUAGAGGUGCAGAAACCAGCAGUUGCCCCCCGCCAUGGCCUGCAGAGUCUCGGUAAAGUUGCCAUUGCCAGGCGUAUGCCCCCCCCAGCAAACCUGCCAAGUCUGAAAGCAGAAAACAAAGGGAAUGACCCAAAUGUCUCAAUAGUUCCCAAAGACGGAUCAGGAUGGGCAAGCAAGCAGGAUACAACAGAGCCAAAGAGUACCGAUGUCUCUCCACCAGCGCAGCCGGAGUCGCAGCCACAGCCGGCUUCACAGACGUCUACAUCAAACCAAUCGAAGCGUCCUCCAGUUCCACAAGAGCCCCCCCAACCAGCCGCCGUCGUGGUAAAGACUUGGGCACAGGCCAGUACCACACAUGUAGCACAAGGAGAUGGUGGAAAGGCAUCAAGCCAACUGUCGCCAUUCUCUCGCGAGGAAUUUCCAACCCUGCAGGCGGCUGGGGACCAGGACAAAAGUGGGCAAGACCAGAGCACCUCCGCUGUGUCGUAUGGGCCAGGACCAAGCCUCCGCCCCCAGAAUGCCAUCUCCUGGAGGGACGGGGGCGGGAGGGGGGGGCUGGCUCCGGGGGCCCUGGAUGGCGAUGGCCGUGAGAUUCCUGACACGGCACACGCCCCCAGCAAUGAGCCAGCCCCCCGUCCAGGGCUACCUCCCCCUGCUCCCCAACAGUUCCCUCAAUAUCGGGGGAUGAUAGGACCAUUUAUGUAUCCCCCAUAUUUGCCGUUUCCUCCUCCGUAUGGGCCACCAGGAGCCUUCCGCUUUCACGGUCCAGAUGCACCAAGAUUUCCACGGCUGGCUCAUCCACGUGCUCCUCAAACUGCACCCAGGUUAUCUGAAGCUGUGAACCGCCCAUCUAUCUUGAAGCAAGACGACCUGAAAGAAUUUGAUGAGCUGGAUCAAGAGACGGACGACGGAUGGGCAGGGGCUCAUGAAGAGGUAGACUAUACUGAAAAGCUGAAAUUCAGCGAUGAUGAGGAUGGGAAGGAUACAGACACAGAAGAAAAGAGGGAGACUCCGGUCCCUACUGAUAAGCCAUCUGUGCCCCCUCCUCAGAAAGUUGUGGAGACCUCUGAUACAAGGAAGGCCUCACCCACAGAGGAGAAGCCUCCACAAGUCAAAGCUGCAUGGACAGAGGUGCCUCGAGCUUCGGAGCCCUUGCCAGCACCUUCUGCCAUUGUUCCUCCUCCUCCUACUCAAAAGGGGUCAUCUGCACAUCGAGGUCCACCACCAGAGCACAAGAAAGAACUGAUGGUGCAGGAAGACACAGAGGGAAGUGCUGGCGUAUUGGAAAAGCCGUUGACGCCCUCAGUAGCACCUGUAGAAGAUGAGGAUGAAGCAUGGCGUCAGCGCAGAAAGCAGUCCUCCUCUGAGAUCUCCCAAGCAGUGGAGCGUGCUCGUAGGAGGAGAGAAGAGGAGGAGCGCAGAAUGGAGGAAGAGAGAAGAGCGGCUUGCGCUGAGAAACUCAAGCGUUUAGACAUGAAACGCAGACCUGCACCAGAAGAGGCUGAGCUGGCAGGAAGAAGUGAGGCCAGUGAGGUGCCGGAGCCUCCAGCUCAGAAUGCCCCUGUGGUGGAACCAGCGGCAGCUCCUGAGCCUCCGCCUCAGCCCACAGUAGCUCAGCCACCAGCUGAAGUUCCCCAGGUGAAAGCUGAACCAAGCCCACCUCCCCGACCAGAGCCCAAACAAGAGCCGGCACCAGCUGUGAGCCGCCCGCCAUCUACUGGACCUUCCCAGGGAGGAUACAACAAGUUUCAGAAGAGUCUGCCACCUCGCUUCCAACGUCAGCAGCAGGAGCAGCUGAUGAAGCAAUGGCACCAGAACAGAGUGCCCACACCUCCUUCCCCUGCUGGACCGCCUCCAUCACAACCUCUGUCAGCAGCUGCAGCACAGCCUCCGCAGAAAGCGCUCUAUGGAGGAGGGUCUAUGGGAAGGACCACUCCUGUGGCCACCCCACAACCACAAGCACCUGCCCCCCUGCCACCGCCUCAUGUCAGCUAUGACCCUCGAUGGGUGAUGGUUCCUCCUUUUAUUGAUCCACGCAUCAUACAAGGGAGGCCCAUGGAUUAUUACCCUCCCACAGCGGGGGUUCAUCCUACAGUACUGUCACUAGUCAGUGUCCCUGAUCAUCGCUACAACAGUUAUAUGACGAGGCUGUGCUGCACUGGUGACAGACUGAUGUCCCGGGAGCGAUCAGACAGCGGAGGGUCAGGAUCAGAUGGAUAUGAGCGGCACCCCUCACUAAUGAGAGAGCGAGGCACUCCUCCAGCAGACGCCAAAGUAAUGUGGGGCAGCGAGAUGUACAAUCCUGCUGAAGCACGACCAAUAGCCUCUCCUCUACGACCAAGUGCUGAAGAGGAGGAGCGGGAUAUGAGAAGUGAAGCUCAACCCGUUCGUUCAGUUGCUCCCCAGCAGGCGCAACCUCCGUCAUACUUGGGAACUUUCAAUUCUUACCAAGAAAAUACUGUUGCACCAGCCCAACAACCACACACAGGGCAUCGCUACCCUGGAGAAGAGCAGCGCCCUUGGCAUCAGCAGCAUAACCACACUGGGGGUUCCCAAGUACCACCGCAACCUAUUGCACAGAGGCGUUCAGAAUCUGUUCCUUCUCAACCACCUCCAGUGUCUGUCCCCUCAUCCCAGCAGCAGAGGACUGAUGAUGAACCGGCUGUGCUCCGGAGGGAAGCAGCUCCUCCACCUUCACAACCAGAUAACCCAUCCACACAAACGUCCACACGUCCAGAAGUUGGCAGUGGGCGUCUAAAGGAGGAGAGGAAGGAAAUGGCCAAAGAAGAACCAAAGUUUGAAAAACAAACUACAAAGCCUGAGUACCAUAGACCGCCUCCUCGUCGGGAGUCCAAGACUGAAACUCGUUGGGGACCUAGACCUGGAGAAGGAGGGAAGCGAAGACAAGAGGAGUUCAUUGGCACAGGAGGGGCACUAAACCAGGUACCUGCUCAGCGGCGGGCAGGUCCUAUUAAGAAGGGUGGAAGACGAGAGGAGGUUGUGGUCAAAGAGCAUCAAGACUCUAAGGUCAGUCAACCACUCCCGGCAGUAUUUGAGCCACAGAAACCUAGACAAGCAAACCACACCAGCAGGGAGGGGGAACAAAUACAAAUAACAGGCUCACCUUCAAGGCGCAGAAAAGAGACUAUACCUGCUCCAGCUAGAAACUCUCCUACAAUGGUUUCAGCCCCUAGAGGCCGUGGCAGAGGAGAAUACUUUGCAAGAGGAAGAGGUUUUCGGGGGGCCUACAGUGGCCGAGGUCGGGGUGGCAGAAGCCGUGAAUUUCGUGGUGGGUACAGAAGAGAAUGCCCUUUCUACAGAGAAGAUGGGGAUGCAGACAAUAAACCUGCACCCGGAUCUGGAGGGCGGGAGCGGAAUACCAGUGAAACACGCAGCGAGGGUUCUGAGUAUGAAGAAGUUCCUAAAAGGAGGAGGCAGCGUGGCUCUGAAACCGGUAGUGAGACAGAGCCAAUCCCUUCUGAGAAAGACCAUGGGAAAGGUGGACCUUCCUUUCAGCGACAAGCAGAGAUAUUUCCUACUGGCAACCCAAGGUACCAAGAAAAAGGUAGAGAUUCCGGUAGGGGGCGCAUUUUCACUCCAAGGGGUGUGCCUUCAAGAAGAGGCAGAGGAGGUGCAAAUACAUUGUCUAUGACCUGGAGUCCGAACCCAAGGCAGCAGCAGCACCAUUAUUCUGCUCCUCCGAUUCCUCCUGCACAGCCACCACCUCCACCUCACAAAACGGAGAGGAAAAAUGACAAAGUGAUCGUGGCUGUGAGUCCGCCAUCACCCAGUGAGGAACGGGUUCCACCUCCACCUAGGAGACGGAGACAUGGAAGGGCUCAGCAGCAGGACAAACCACCUCGUUUCCGGAGACUAAAGCAAGAGAGGGAGAAUGCUGCCCGGGCAGGAAAUGGGGGAGGCCCACAGCCACCUCCGCAACAGUUAUCAACACAAGAGCACCAUCAACGCUCAUCACAGAUUGAAGAAGAACGCGUCAUGCUCCGCCGUGGACAUAAAUCUCCUGAUCCAUGUAACGCCAACUCCGAUCAGGCCAAUGAAGAAUGGGAGACUGCAUCUGAAAGCAGUGACUUUACAGAGAAGAAAGAUAGAGCAGAUAUUCCUGUCCAAAAUGGAGUAGCCAGUCCAUCUUCCACUGGAGGACGAGAGCAAAGGAAAGACCUUUCAAAAAGGAGCUUCUCCAGCCAGAGGCCAGUCAUGGAGAGGCAGAAUCGCAGACCUCUGCAUCCUGGUGGACAGAGACCAAGUCGAGGCGGAGGAGGAGGUGGUGGUGGUGGUGGUGGUAGAAGUGGAGAGAAAAGAAGCUGGCCCUCUCCAAGAAACAGAGGUGGCAGGAGCCAUGAAGAUCGCCCUCCACAGUCUCUAACCCUUCCUCCUCCCAAUACAAGUGUGGUCUAUCGAGUUGACCGUGUGAUUCACAGCGAUCCUGCCGGCAUACAACAAGCACUUAGUGAGCUUGGACAGAAACAUGUAAAAUCGGUGUCCACCAGUCAAAAUGUAGAACUGCCCAGUGGUCGAUGUCCAGCACGAGGAGACUCUUUGCUGGCCGCCUGUGAAUCAGUUAGUGAAAAUGUUGCAGUUCCAAAGCGAGUUGUGUGCUCUCUGAAGCCACAAGAGGUCCCACUGGAGGAUACAGCUCGUGAUGGAAUCUCAAUGCCAGCCACAGUGUGGAAACAGAAUGUACCUCGUGGCUACCAGUUUCGAUCCUUCCGGUCAGGGGUCUGGAACAAAGAGCAGAGCAAUGACAGAGGGAAGCUUGUUCGUUCCUACACAGUGGAGCCUUGGAUGGACUCUUAUGAAGACCAUAUUGGUACAGAGAUGAGCCAGUCAGACAGUGGCGUUGAUCUGAGUAGUGAUUCGCAGCUCUCUUCCAGUAGUUGUAGUCAACGCAGCUCUCCAGAUGGUGGGAUGAAGCCUGAAAUGGGCAAGAGAUCAGUACGCCCAGGGUCCUCAGGUCCACCGCCGCAUGGACACAUUCUGUCAUCAGGAAUUCCUCCUGAUCCAAUCGGGAUGGAGCGUGCCCAGAAACCUGCAUCAGAAUGUCCACGAGGACCCAGCACACCCUCUUCUCUCUCCUCGGCUCCUCAGUCUCCAAAUCCUAAGUUUGCUCACGCUGAAGGCACCAAGCAUGCCAGGGACACACAUGGCACUGCAAGCCGGUAUUCUGGCAUGACUGGCCCCUCUACUCAGUCCUGGCAUCUCCAAGCGCAUUCAGCUUCCACUGGGCCCUCCUUGGAUCAUCUGCAGAUAAGCCAGUCCCCUGCUGUCUCCGAUGGGGGGAAAUCUCACAUGCCAGAGGAUCUGAGCCAGAGAGUUUAUGCAAACCAGUACUAUCAGGUGGACGUCCACGUCACAAGUACAGGCAGUGGCUACAGACCUGGAACUCCUUCCCUGCAGCCCUACAGAUCACAGCCUCUGUACCUGCACACCGCUCCUACCCCGGGCUCAUCCCCGGCUCUACUGCCGACGUCUGCUCUACUGUCUGGCAUCGCCCUAAAAGGCCAGUACUUGGAAUUUAGUGACCUGAGUAAGGUGUCCGCCGGCAGCUUACUGUAUCAGGCACCCGCCUUCCUCUACAGCGGCCCCUACUGUCCGCCCCAGGUCGGCACUGAACAGCAACAGCAACUGUUACAAGUCCGGCAGGAUAUGACAUCUGCAUCUGAUUAUUUUUCGUCUCUUCAUGGUGGUCAGAGUGGAUACCUACCUACAGCUCCUACACAACAGGCACAUGUUCUUCUGUCUAUGGUGGACGCUCCUCUUCCAGUCAUGGGAUAUGGAUCCUUAUCAUCUGCAGCCCAGCAGCCUUCCCUGGUCACUGUAGGUCAGACAUUGCCUCCACUACAUCAACUCUCUGCUGCAGGCCGAAUGUCGCACAGUGUCAGAAAUGAGUAUCAGAGCCAUUCGUUGGAUGUGAAGCAGCCAGAUAAUCUACAAAGUGUCGGAGCCGGUAUCCAUGCAGCAGGAGGAAGGACAAAAUCAUCACAUUCAAGCUAUGGAGCUGUCCGAAAUCAGCGCCUAGAUGUUUAUCAGCAGGUACUUCCUCCAAAUGCUUCCCGCUGGAUCCCCAGAUCUUGGGAAAGACCACCGACCCAGGAUAACGAACCCCAGAAUACAAGAGAUUCUUACGCAGAUGGAAAAGCGGCACCUUGACUCUCGUCACCUCGUAAUAUGGUCUCUGUCACGGAAAAUCUGCCCCCUUGCCCAGGCAUUGAGGGGAGCGAUUGUUGAGAGGCUCUUGCGACUGACAAUAGAAGCCCCUGUCCAGUUCUUACCGUCAGAGUCUUGCUCCAUUUCUCCCACAUCCAAGAAGCUCCUCAACAAAUUUAUAUUUUGUUUUUUUGUUUGUUUUGUUUUUUGUCCCCUUUUUCUGAUAAAUAAAGAGUAUUUUCUCCCGCUC